GGCGGGGCCCGACCGGGGAGUCUGGGGAGGAGAGAAGCGGGAGGACACGGGCUGCCCUGCCCUGUUGCGAUUGGUCGGCGGCCGCGAGCUGGCCAGGUGAUUGGGCGGGAGCCGUGUCAGUCACUCCCCUCAUCCUCCCUUCCCCCAGGCGUCUGGCAACAGGCGCUGUCUGAGGCGGCGGGGGCGGCCGGGCCGGGGGGCUCGGCGCUCCCGGGGCUCCCGGGGCUCCCUGCUCCCGCCGGGGUCCCCCGCGGCUCCCCUGCUCCCCCGGGCGCCGGGCCCGGCCCGUGGCCUCCCCUGGGGGUGGGCCGGAGAGCGCGGGCCCGGCGCGGGGCUGGGAUCUGCAGGCCCUGAUACUGGCCGGGGGGCGGGCGGCCUCAGGCCCCGGGCUUGGAUCGUUUUGGGGUGUCCUGCGGCCUGUUUCUGAGUUAGCUUCGGAUUCUUCCUUUGUCUGCCUUGCCUUCCCCCUCCCCUUCUUCCCUAGGCUCUGUGGGGUUUUCUUUCUGGGUUUGGGUUUUUUUUUUUCUUUUUUUUUUCGGUUGUUUUUUUUUUUUUUCCAAUUCGGUGAGAUCAUCUCUCCUGGAGGCUGCAAUGUGACAGAAAUGCUAAAUAGCCCUGUCGCUCGGGGAGGCUUCCUCAUCUAAACUCCGUAGUGGUCUCGCUUGCAAUCAGGUGGUAGUCUUUCCGAAGAUGAGUACCUAAUUGAAUUGGGGGCAGCAAUUCAUGGAAAGAGGCCAAAACCUAAAAGCAUAAGGUAUAUAUUGCUUAGAUAAAAAUGAGUGUAAAUCUUCAGGAAUGGGCCAGAGUAACUAUGGAUUAAAAGCUAAAGGAGUUAGUCUUAGGUUGAAAAUUCUAGAAAAUGUAGAUAAACUGUUGGCAUGUGGCCCCUGUUCCUUUGCUGAGGAAGAGUAAUCCUGAGUCAUAACUGGAUUUCGAUUUCAUUUUUUUUACAUCUUUGUAGUUAAUACCCUUCAACUUUUCAAUACUCUGAAAUAUUUUAUGUGCCAAAGUACUUCAGUUUGAUGCAGUUAAUACCCUUCAACUCUCACUACUCUGAAAUAUCCUAAGUGCCAAAGUACUUAGUUUUGAUGGCGUUUGAUAAAUAUGGAUAGUAGUUGUCAUCCGUGCAGUUAUGUUAAACAGAUGGGACAACCAAACACUUCACACUUCUUACUGUUUCUGAGUCAUUUAAAGAGUGUGACUAAUCAUCCUACCAUACAGUUGUCAACAAAACAGUAAUUUUUUUCUACCACCCACAAAAUCUGAAGAAGAGACUUCCAGAUUUUCUAUGGAAGAGAAAUGAAAAGUAAAGAGCCUCUCUUUUGAAUAACAGUUAAAAUUUAGAUUGAGGGGGACUACAUGUGAUGGACUUUUCAUCUUAAGAUUUUAUAUGUCAUUUUUUCUGUGCAGCAAUAUAGUGAUAUACCCAAAAAGUCAGUUAACUCACUAUGACCAUCGUCGGGCAAACAGUAACACGUUAGUUGUUUUAAGUUUUGCAUCUAAGUAGCAACCUUACCUGAAACUAAAUGAAUUUUAUCUGUCCUCUUUCCCCUGCCUCCUGUGCCUGUGUUAAGUUGUACAUCAUUGUGGACAGAGGCACUUUAAUAUUCAAUGCAGUAUGGAUUGGGCAUUUUCGUGAUAACAGUCAAGUGACGGGUGUCAUCAGGGUAAUAAUAGUGCUAACUGUGUGUUGUUGCUGGGGUGGGUGGGAAUUGCAUUUGUUUUGAGGAAACCAGGGUAGUAAGACAAAGAGCUGGCUGAGAAAUUUGUGUUUAGAAAUGUCAUAUGAGAAGUGACCCGAUUUGAACAUAGCCCUUGUAGGUAACUGCUGACUUCCAUUUCCCACAGCUUGUGCGGCUGAGCCAAGAGGGCGACAGUAAUUUUUAAACCCCCAUAAAUAUUAACGGUAAUCGAAAAAGUCUUGAAGGGGAGAUACUCAGAUUUUAUUUCUUUUAAGUUAAAUAAAUUGAAGAGCUGGGAGGGAAGUAUUAAAUACAUCAAAAUGCAGUAUUUGACAGAGGAGGCAGAUGAGUGGAAAGGUUGAUUGGGAAGAGGUGUUUAGAACUAUAGUUGCCUUGGGGGGGGGGGGGGGCAGGGGGAAGACGGGGAGAAAAGUAGCAUAUGGGGUGGAAAAUGAGGAGACCAAGAAUGCAUCAGAAUGGACCCCACAAAGAACAUAAGAAAGGACAGCCUGGCAUUAUCAUUAUGGAUCGCUCUCGGCACCGUGCAGGAAAUGGCAGUGAGCAGGCACCUUCACGAGAGCAUAGUCAUGGAGAAGAUGAGAGACAACGACAGCUGGAGCGCCUCGGUAGGGAAGAGGCGUAUUACCAGUUCAUUAAUGAACUCAAUGAAGAAGACUAUAGAUUAAUGAGAGACCGCAACCUGCUUGGCACUCCGGGGGAAAUAACAGCAGAAGAGUUGCAGCAACGCUUGGAGGGGGCUAAGGAGCGCCUGGCAUCACAGACUGAUCUGGAUAACAGAGAAGGUGAAGGUAGAACUGUUGGAGAUUCUGAUGUUCUUGGAGAAAACUCAAAUGGUGACUCUUUGCUUGAAUGGCUGAACACAUUUCGUCGCACGGGAAACGCCACUCGCAGUGGACAGAGCGGGAACCAAACCUGGAGAGCCAUGCUGUUUCCCUGUGCCCAAGCUCCUGCUGAAGUAAGCCUGUGCAGUCAUGUAGUAACUACCAAGUGACUGAUCAGAGCCCAACCAACCUGGUGAGGAAACCAACCUGACCACCAGGCCAACUAGGAAUGACGAGGAGAAGGACACGACAACCUGCAGCCACGUGAGGAAGCGGUGGACCAAGAUGAUAAGCAGAGUGCGCAGGGCGAUGCGGACAGGACAAACCGCUUAAUCGAGGAGAGUUGAAGUGGGGUCACUCCAGGUGUGUGCACACAAAUAAGGAAGGGCCUACAGGACGGGGUGGUGUGGGGACAGAUGUCUUACCUUCUCUGGGAAAUCAGCAUCUCAAGUGCCUGUAGACCAGUGCACACAGCAUGGGGCACAAGCAGGAGGAAUUGGAGGUCUGUGUGCAGUUACAAGGCUAUGAUCUCAGCAGGAUCAGAGACGUGGUGGGAUAGCUCACACCACCGGAGUGCUGCAACAGAUGGAUACAGGCUCUUUAGGAAAGACAGCCCAGGACGGUGAUGGGGAGAAGCUGCCCUUCGUGUGUGAGAGCGGCAGGAAUGUGUGAGCUCUGUCUUGGGAUGGAUGAGGAGCUAGCUGAGAGCCUACGGGUCAUGACUAGUGGGCAGACCAACGUGGUCGAUGUUGUACUAGGCGUCUGCUAUGGACCACCUGGUGAGGAAAAAGAAGUAGAUGGGACCUUCUUCAGACAGCUGGAAGAAGCCUGACGUUCACAGGCCCUAGUCUUCGUGGGGGACUUUAACCACCCUGAUGUCUUGCUGGAAGAGCCAUGCAGCAGGGCACAAACAGUCCAGGAGAUUUCUGGAUUAUCAUUUCACAAAUGAUAGUGAGUAUUCUUGCCAGUUUCCUCAUCCCAUCAAAAUUUACGGACCAUUUCUUUCAGUAUACACCGCUGAAAAGAAACACUGACACUAAAUUGGUUGAGGGGUUGUGGGAUUUACCAGUUCCUGAAGAGGCUUUGAGACCUGACUCUCCUUUUGAGUGCACUGACCAUACGUCAGUGCAGUCUGCAGGAUUUUAAGGGAGAGAGGGGGCAAACAGCAGAAAGCUCUGCAUUAUCGUUAUCCAGUCAUACGCUGUGGUUAUAACUAUGGAGCUGUGCGUACCCAGCUUUGAUCAAAGCGGCAUACACAAUAAAAGAAAUGGGCACACAACAGUGCGGCACCCAGAGAUGACUCAUUAAAAUGAAGCGUAUCAUUUGCCCUCCUGAGAUGCUGUGCAGUUAAUCUGAUUUCGGCCUGUACACAGAAACCAUCAACAACAGGCAAGUACUGCCCAGUGUCCUGCAGCCUUCCCUCAGCCUGCUCUCGUUACAGCGGCAAUGAGGUUAGCCCACCUUUUGGAGGCGCAAGGUAUCACUGGACUUUGACCAGUCUAAACGAGACCUGGAGCACGUUCACCAAAUGCCAGCUCAGUGCAAGUUGCUCCUUGGCAUUCACACUUACUCCAGAAGGUGUUUAUCCCACCAUUAAAUUUAUCUUUAGUGUAAUGUAAAUUGCCUGAAGUGCAAAAAGGAAACAUAUACACAAUAAAACAAAACAAACACAGCUUUGAUGUUCUUCUACAAGUUGAACAGCUAUAAUGGGAUAUGUGGGAUCACUUUGUCCCAUUAUUUUAAGUAGUCCUUUAUGAAGGCCUAACUUCAGGCAUUUAUAACCCACAGUUGGGGUUCUUGUCCUGAGUAGAGUGGGACAGAUAUAGUAUAUCGCUUACUUCUACUUCCAAGAACAGCACUUUCAUUUUUGCCUUGAACCUUUCUGUCUCAUCUUUAGUAUUAAGCCUUCAUCUAGGCCAGUUCCAUUAUAACGUACUUCCUUACGCAACAUUGGUUCAACUCUGCUGAACAUUUGACAUAACUUACACAGACUGUGAGCUGUUUUUGCAGUUCACAGGGGUUUGAGCUACCUUAAUAAUGGCUGAUCCUGUUACCUUCAAGCAUGCGUGCUCAAGAAAGCAUUCUCUGUUGCUAUUUUAAUACAGAGGUCUUGCCCUUAUGCGAGUGAUGCAUGAAUAGAGCACUGUGGUUGCUGGUACUAUUCCUUUUACGGAUUCUUGAACACAUUUUGCAUGCAGUUUAUUCCAUUUGUUCAGUGUUAAUACUGUCCAUAUAAACACUGAAAGGAUAAGAAAUGCCAAUAUGUGUAUGAGCAUACAGUUAGUGUGUAGUUACUGUGCGUAUGUGUAGCAGUUAACUUCAAUAUGCAAACAGUGAGAGUAAAGAGUCAUAUUAUUCCUUACCUAGCACUGUAGGUUAUGUCUCUGUGUACAGACACACGCAUACACAUAUAUAUACAUAAGUUGAAUUCUGUAGGAAAAAGCAUGUAUUCAUAAAGGGAAAAAUAUAAGCAUCAUAGCGUAAUGAUUAAGUUAGAAUUAUUGCACAUCUGAAUUCAGGUCCUUCUGUUGGGCUACUUUAGCGCUGUAUAGCCACAACAGUUGGGGGCUAUUGCCAGUAUCGUGACAGCGGAGACCUUUUUCCUAUUUAGACUGUUUCAAUUCCAUUUGCUUUGGGUUUUUUUGAAAUUUUCUGUUUGAUGUGGGACUGGAGUAAAAAUGCAAGUUUGGGGUUAUUUCAGCAAGAGGUUUCUAAUUUUUUUUUUUCCCUUGUACAUGCAUCUGGCCUCCCAGCUGAUUUCAGUCACUCAAACUCACAUUACGCCCCUGCAUCCGUACUGUGCUCUGGCCCACCACGUGAAUCGAGUUAUAGCUCCUUUCCCGCCUCGCCAUACGAACCAGGUUGUGAGAUGCCCCCGAGAGUGAUGCAACCUGAGACCCCCAAGCCCCCAGAAGACACCGUGAUGUGAUUCCUUCUAACUUUCACGGUGGCAGAAGCGGGGGAGGCAGGACAGUUUGAAUGAGACGGACCGUUCGGGUCUCUCUGCACUGCCUGG